CCUCCUUGCGGGAUUCACCAACUUUGACUCCUUCUUCUACACUCCCCCUCCCCUUCUCGUCGGAUCGUGUCUCUUGUUGUUGUUUUGUUGCUUUUGUUGAUCUCUCCUCCUUUCUUGGUUAUUCUUCCCCGGAUUCUUAGGAAUUUCAACAGCAAAUCCGUACAACGGCCACCCCCGCUCAUACUGCUGCCAUCAUGGCGGACUACAAUUAUGGAGGUUCCGAGGAAGAGAAUGCGGAGUUGAGGAAGCUUGAAGUUGAAUUGCUCGAUGACCCGGAUAACUUCGAGACAUGGGAGAAACUUGUUCGCGCUGCCGAGGCUUUGGAGGGUGGCAUCAACCGCAACUCCAACCCCCAAGCUAUUACCACCGUCCGCAAUGUUUACGAUCGCUUCCUCGCCAAAUUCCCUCUGCUGUUCGGAUACUGGAAGAAGUAUGCCGACCUGGAAUUCUCCCUCACCGGAACUGAAGCUGCAGAUAUGGUCUAUGAGCGAGGUGUUGCUAGCAUCUCCCCCUCGGUCGACCUAUGGACCAACUACUGCUCCUUCAAGGCCGAGACUUCUCACGACGCUGACGUGAUUCGAGAGCUUUUUGAACGUGGUGCAAGCAGUGUCGGCCUGGACUUUCUGGCGCACCCGUUCUGGGAUAAGUACAUCGAGUUCGAGGAACGUGUGGAGGCCGUUGACAAGAUCUUCGCCAUCCUGGGUCGGGUUAUUCACAUCCCCAUGCACCAGUAUGCCCGGUACUUCGAGCGGUAUAGACAAUUGGCACAAGCUCGGCCUGUCGCCGAACUGGCGUCCCCCGAAACGUUGUCACAAUUCCGUGCGGAGCUCGACGCCGCUGCGGGGCAGAUUGCCCCUGGUGCAAAGGCCGAGGCUGAAAUUGAAAGAGACAUCCGACUGCGCGUCGAUAGUCACCACCUUGAGGUUUUCUCCAAGACCCAGACCGAGACCACCAAGCGUUGGACUUACGAGUCGGAGAUCAAGCGUCCAUACUUCCAUGUUACUGAGCUGGAUGAAGGUCAGCUAUCGAACUGGAAGAAGUACUUGGAUUUCGAGGAGUCCGAGGGAUCUUAUGCCCGUAUCCAGUUCUUGUACGAGAGGUGUCUCGUGACUUGCGCUCACUACGAUGAAUUUUGGCAGCGUUAUGCCCGGUGGAUGGCCGCUCAGCCCGGCAAGGAUGAGGAAGUGCGCAUUAUCUACCAACGUGCAAGCUGCUUGUACGUACCUAUUGCCAACCCGACCACGCGUCUGCAGUAUGCCUAUUUCGAGGAGAUGAGCGACCGUGUGGAUGUUGCCAAGGAGAUUCACGAGGCCAUCCUGAUCCAUCUUCCCAACCACGUGGAGACGAUAGUGUCUUUGGCCAACAUGUCGCGUCGCCACGGCGGACUUGAAGCGGCCAUCGAGGUGUACAAGACCCAGCUUGACUCGCCACAAUGUGACCUCGCCACAAAGGCGGCUCUCGUCGCCGAAUGGGCUCGCCUUCUGUGGAAGAUCAAGGGCUCGUCCGAAGAGGCUCGUCAAGUCUAUCAGAAGAACCAGCAAUACUACCUGGAUAGCCGUCCGUUCUGGACGAGUUAUCUUCACUUCGAACUCGAGCAGCCCACGAGUUCGACCUCUGAAACGGUCCAAUACGAGCGCAUCAAGCAAGUCGUCGAUGAAAUCCGGACCAAGAGUUCCCUGCCGGCUCAAGCAGUGCGAGAGCUUGUGCAAGUCUACAUGGUCUAUCUGCUGGAACGCGGCACCAAGGAUGCGGCGAAGGAGUACAUGACCCUUGACCGGGAGGUCCACGGGCCUGCCUCGGUAUCGCACAUGCAGGCUACUGAGGCGGCAGCAGCAGCACCAGCCCCGGUGGCAGCCGCCCCGGUGACCCCAGCGACGGCGGAAGUAGUUGUUCCUGCACCCCAAGCCAACCCUUAUGCUGGUUACUACCAGCAGACGCCUGUCAACGGCGACGCGUGAGCUCUUCCCCAGACUCACUAUAUCAGUCUGAGCUUGCCACAGCCCAGGUCUGUUAACUCCUGAUAUCCCUUUUACGGUGGUUGGUUUCCCUUUUUCCCAGUCCAAGCCGGCAGCGGCUUGUCGAUGUGUAGAACAAUAGCCCCUCAAUCUAUUUCCCCAACCUAUUUUAUUGAUUAUGCAGCUUUCAGCGACUCAGGCGUGUUGAGUGAGGGAGGAGCAAGUGAUCUGUCUAGUGGGGGCAAUUGAAUCAGCCUGCUCCCUGACAGCUUCCCAAUGAUUUCAUGUGAAAACUGGGUGGCUUAUUAUGAGAAUUGGACACUGGCUCCAUUGUAUUCUAAUGCGUAGGUAGCUUUUACCUUUUUACUUUUCCUCUAAU